GCUGAUGAAUUGCACAUGCCUUCCCUGCCAGAGAUGAUGUUUGGAGACAACGUCCUAAGAAUACAGCAUGAUCAUGGUUUUGGAAUUGAGUUCAAUGCAACAGAUGCUUUAAAAUGUGUCAAUAAUUGUCAAGGUAUGAUCAAAGUGGCUUGUGCAGAGGAGUGGCAAGAGAGCAGGAGUGAGACUGAGCACACGAAGGAAGUUGUCAAGCCAUAUGAUUGGACUUACACCACAGACUACAAAGGGACAUUGCUGGGAGACACUGCAACAUUAAAGGUUGUUCCUACAACAGAACACAUAAAUACAGAGAAGUUAAAAGCCAGGGAACAAAUUAUGUUUUUUGAAGAAGUACUGCUCUUUGAAGAUGAACUCCACGACCAUGGAGUAUCCAGUUUGAGUGUGAAAAUAAGAGUCAUGCCUUCCAGCUUCUUUGUGCUGUUGAGGUUCUUCUUGAGAGUUGAUGGGGUGCUGAUCAGGAUGAACGACACACGGCUUCAUCACGAGGCUGACAAGGCCUACAUGUUGAGAGAAUAUACUUCCAGAGAAAGCAAAAUAGCAAGUUUAAAGCAUGUUCCACCUUCCCUGUUCACAGAACCCAAUGAGAUCUCUCAAUAUCUACCCAUAAAGGAAACAAUCUGUGAAAAACUAGAAUUCCCAGAGAAGCUGGAGCCUAAACCAGAAGCACCACUGGAAGCCUCAUGUGUCAAGUCUAAAUAAAUGUGACUUUAUAUGGA